UCCUCCCCUUUAACGGCGGGUCGUGUAGCUGCAGUAUGUGCUUUGAGACCACUCUGCUGAAAGUGCGCGAGGCGAGGAGGCGCUGAGCUCGCGCGGUGAGGAAUCUGGGGCGGAGGCUGGUGGACGGAGUCCCGCACAGAAAUAAACGGCGGUCCGGUAUUUUCUCUGUGUUAACAGCAAGUGAAACAUUUCAAAGAUGACUCGGGGAACGGGAAAGUCAAAAGAGGAGACGCUGAUUGAGAUGAGCGAGGCCGGUUCUCCAAGUGGCGGUGAGUGUCCAGAAGAAGAACCACUAAAUAACGAGGAGAACAAUGGCUACCAUUCCACUUUGGACAGUGGGUCCCUUCAGCAUGACGAUGCCAAGUCUUCAUCCAGUCUUUGUUCGGAGUGCUCUGGCACAGUGUCGAAAUGCUCCAGUCAGUCCUCAGUGCUUGUGUGUGAUCAGUGUGAGAAAGAACACACUGAACCUGUUCAACAUCUUUCCAGCCUUGCAGGGAUCUGGAGGAAGAGAACACUGUUUCUGAAGUAUCGCUCAAGGGUGGAUAAACAGCAACAGAGUAAGGACUCUGUGUACUUCAGAGAUGGCAAACGACGGAUAGAUUUUGUUCUGUCAUAUGUUGAAGAUAAAGAAGACAAAAAAAAACAGGAGAGAAGGAAACUGUACGAAGCCAACAUGCAGAAAGCAGGACUGGAACUGGAGCUUGAGGACAAAUCGGAGUCUGAAGAUGGAAAGACAUUUUUUCUAAAGAUCCAUGCUCCAUGGGAGGUGCUGGCCACCUACGCUGAUGUGCUGAAAAUCAAAGUGCCUUUCAAAGUCAAUGAUAUCCCAGAGAAUAGAGAGAUUCCUGUUGGCUGGCUCUUCACACCUUUACGUCUGCCUGAUCAUGUGAUGCAUCCUGACCCGGACUACUUCACGUCACCUUUUGACAAUAACAAGCAGGACUUCUUCCUUAUUGAAGACAAGGAGACCUUCUUCCCCAACUCCACAUGCAACAGGAUAGUCUACUAUAUCCUGUCUCGCUGCCCCUACAAUAAAGACGACAACCUCAGCAAGGACAAGAGAGGCAUUAAGCGGCUGCUGAACAACGGGACCUACACCUCAGCCUUCCCACUGCAUGAUUGCAGGUACUGGAUAAAGUCUCGGGACUCUAGCUGUGAGAGUGAGCGGUAUAACCUGUACAGAUACUGGGCUCGGUUUUUCCGCUUCUACAAGGAGCAGCCACUCAAUCUCAUCCGGAAAUACUAUGGAGAGAAGAUUGGAAUCUAUUUUGCCUGGCUGGGCUUCUACACUGAGAUGCUGUUUUAUGCUGCUGUGGUUGGACUCAUCUGCUUCAUCUAUGGAGUGGCAACUUAUGACAACACAGUCUGGACGAAAGAGAUCUGUGAUGGAAAGAUUGGUGGCGAGAUUGUUAUGUGUCCCCUCUGUGAUAAGACAUGUGGCUUUUGGAAACUCAAUAGCACCUGCAACUCCACCUGGCAAUCACAUCUCUUCGACAACACAGCAACUGUAUUUUUUGCUAUAUUUAUGGGUAUAUGGGUGACCCUGUUUCUGGAGUUCUGGAAGCGGCGGCAGGCCAGGCUGGGGUAUGAGUGGGAUCUGGUGGACUUUGAGGAGGAGCAGCAACGGCUGCAGCUUAGGCCUGAGUACGAGACCAAGUGCACCAGCCGACGCCUCAACCGCGUCACACAGGAGAUGGAGUGGGUUCUAUACCAGCCAGUUGCUGAUUUAAUAGGCAAACUCUGCCUGUGCUGGUCUGCUGUGGUCCUGUGGAUCUCCCUAAUUAUAGCGAGUAUAAUUGGAGUGAUAGCAUAUCGGCUAGCUGUGUUUGCUGCAUUGGCCAGCGUCAUGAAGGACAGCCCUACCAAUAAGCUGGAGGUGGUUGGCUCACUCAUCACCCCACAGCUGGCCACCUCAGUCACUGCUUCCUGCAUCAACUUUGUCAUCAUCAUGGUGCUUAACUUCCUGUAUGAGCGAGUGGCCAUCUGGAUCACAGAUAUGGAGGUCCCUAAAACACAUCUGCAGUAUGAGAACAAGCUGACUGUCAAGAUGUUCCUCUUCCAGUUUGUUAACUACUAUUCUUCCUGCUUCUACGUGGCCUUCUUUAAGGGAAAGUUUGUGGGCUACCCGGGAAAAUAUACAUACAUGUUUCAUAUCAGCAGCCUGAGGAAUGAAGAGUGUGACCCUGGUGGUUGUCUGAUUGAGCUGACCACUCAGCUGGUCAUAGUGAUGACUGGUAAACAAGUGUGGGGGAACAUCCAAGAGGCUCUGCUUCCCUGGCUCAAGAACUGGUGGAGCAGCCGUAAUGCUCGCAGUCACCCUGAGAGUCUUUACAGCCGUUGGGAGCAGGACUAUGACCUCCAGAACUUCAGCCAGUUUGGCCUUUUCUAUGAGUACCUGGAAAUGGUAAUCCAGUUUGGUUUUAUCACACUCUUUGUGGCCUCCUUUCCACUGGCUCCUCUCUUGGCUCUGAUGAAUAAUAUUUUGGAGGUGCGUGUGGACGCAUGGAAGUUGACUACACAGUUUCGUAGACCUGUAGCGGCUAAAGCCCACAGCAUUGGAGCCUGGGAUGAAAUUCUUAAUAUGAUUGCUGUCUUCUCCGUGGUCACCAACGCAUUCAUUGUGGCAUUUACCUCCGAUAUGAUUCCUCGGCUGGUAUAUUUCUACGCUUAUCACCCAGGCAUUGAGCCCUCCAUGCGGGGCUAUGUCAACAACAGCCUGUCUGUCUUCAACAUCUCGCAAAUUCAUUUGGCUAAUACACCUGAUUCUGAUGAGAAUCCUGCUUGGUACAACAGCUCUAUGAUUACCACCUGCAGGUACCGUGAUUACCGCUAUCCUCCAGGCCAUGAGCAUGAGUACUCCCACACCAUGCAGUUCUGGCACAUCCUAGCAGCCAAAAUGGCUUUUAUUAUCAUUAUGGAGCACGUGGUGUUUUUGGUGAAAUUCUUUGUGGCGUGGCUGAUUCCGGAUGUGCCAUCUGAUGUACAGGCUCGUGUAAAGCGUGAGCGCUACCUGGUCCAGGAGUACCUGCACAACUAUGAGGUGGAAAAGCUGAAAAAACAGCUGAAUCAGAGGGGAGGGGGAGACCAGUGCAUCUGUCCAGAAAUAGCUGCCACUGUGAAACAUGAGGUGCUGUCUGAAUGCCUGACCUAGUCCAAGCCUCAUUUCACUUGUGUAAAAAUGAAAGAGGUUUUCUAUCAGGCACUUACCUCAAACUUAGACCCAGACUGUUCUUGCCAUGAUAUCUCUAUAAUCAGUCAUACACAGCUCCUUUCUGCUUAUACAAAUGUACUCAUUUGGACUAGAGAGGUAAAGAUCCUACAUCAGCACUCUUACUUUGAGAAGUCAGAUACGUAAAGCCCAAUGUGGUAUAUUUUUAUUCUUGACCUCUGGACUCGGUCAUGCAUUUCAGAUAUUGGAUUCUGUUGUUCUCUCCACGCUCUGUCUAAAUUUCAGUUUUUCAGUUUACAAACCGUCCUUUUUAUUUAAGUUUUAUUUUUGUUUUCAGACUUUUUUUUCAUAAUCAUUCAGAUAGUGAGUUCCUUGAACCCAUUAUGUAACCAAAGAUAAGAUGCCUUAUUUACAUCUAUAGCUUGUAUUUCUCUCUGCAAGGCAAAAACUGAAUAUGAUAUCAAUACUGAUGCCUAUAAGAGUAAGCUUUCAGAUAAGCAGAGUUUCAGGAGAAAUUUCAGGUUGUAAUUAUUUCGUUUCAUCCUGUGUAGUCCUCUGUAAGAACAUUUUACAUAUUUUUUGCAUUUGACUUUGCAGACAAUUUAAAAAAAGGACCUUAAUAAGCUCUCAAAUAACUAGCACUAAAAUGUAAAACAGUAUUUUCACAAUCAUUACUCUGCGCAGUUGUCACAUCACUACAAAGUGUCCUUUUCUUAGCAUGCAACUUCACAAGGCAGUUGCAAGAAGGUUUUCCUUUUCUUUAAAACUUCCAGUACAUUUAUGCCAAAUAUGAGUGAGUGCACUGCACUCCUUAAGUGCAGUGUGUCUUCUGCCAGCUGAUGUCACUAGUGUAUUCACGCUAUCUAUUUACAGGACAGACAGUUUUGCUGAUGAUGGGUGAAAGCAAUCAGCACCUCAAACCCUGUGAACCAAAUACAGCCAAAUCUUACUUUGCAAAGCCCAAGUGUUAGUACAGUGAAGAGUAAUCAGAGUUUAAUGCAUGACCGAAAGAGCAGACUAGCCACGCUAAUGGCUUUUAACGUGCCUUUGUUUAUCUACAUGCGUAUUACAGUGGAGGAAAGUCCAGCUGUAGUCAAGGCAACUCUGUGAGUGUCUCUUUGUUCCUUUGUUUUUUCUUUUCGUUUUCUGUUCAUUUUACGGGUCAGGGGACAUAAAAGAAAUUUUAUAAUGUUUUUGUCUUGCACAAAGCACUUAAUGAAGAAGGUUUGUCCGUGUGAUUAAUGUAUUUACACUACAGUAUCAGUGUUGCUGUAAUAAAAUGUCUGAAAUCAAGGUGACGGGACACAUCGUCCAGGUCUACCAUGUGUGGAAGAGAUUAGUGGCUGCGUGGAUGUGAAUUACUGUAAAUGCUUUGCCAAAUCUGUCUUUAAUGUUCUGGUCUCUUUUAAGCAUUAUGAAAAAUGGUACAAUGGGUAUCAUUCAGGCAUAUGCGCAGACACCAGCCUAUGCUGAGGCAUAUGCUCUUUGCCCUGAAUCAGCCAAAGUGCCCUUUUAGCUAGUGUUUCAAUUUUUUUCUUUUGAAACAUGUGCCCCUAUAUGCCCUGCCGAAAGUUUGUGCGUAGCUCUGCUAUUGAACAAAGAUGAAGCCCAGAUUUACUGUAGUGGCAAAUUCUAAUUUGCUUUUGCAAAAAUAAGUAGACAAAUAAUUGGUUCUCAUUAGAUAAAGGUUUAAGUAAAUGUCACUCUGGUUGUGCUGAUAUUUGUGACUUGAAUUCUAAAUGUUUUCAUGUGCCGGUUUGUUUAAUUUUUUUUUGGAUUUUUCAGUUUGCCUUUGAUUGUUAAGGAAUUGCGACUGUUAAAUAAUUUUAAGAAAUUUCGUUUCUGAAAUUUAGCUGUUUGCUAUGCACGUUUCUACAUGAAUGCUAUAAGCCAUACACAUAUUCUCUAUGCAUCUAAAGAGGUAGAACGCAAGAAAAGCUGUACACGCUAGUUCGUUCCUACACAAUCCUGCCUGUAUGUUCAUGCUGUCUGCUGGUCUUGGUCUGUGAUGUGGAUACUGUGGGUCCAGAUUGGACCUUAUCUGUAAUGACAAUAGACACUUUUCACGCCAAAUUCAUCUUAAUAUUGUUACUGAUCUCUCUGUUUUUCUUUGUUUUUGAACACAUACAUCAAUUUUAUAAUGCUGGUUAAAGUGAAGUAGUUACCAAGUGGUUCUUGGAUCUGGAUACAUAAAUUAAUAUAGUUUUAAAUCAAUCAAAAAGCCAUUUCUGUGAGUUAUUUUAUAUACUUUCUGACAUAAAUUUGUUCUGUUCUGUACUGUGUGUAUACCAGUCAUGCAAAUAAAUUAUUUGCUUAAAUUA